GUCUUGUCUUCUUUUAUAAUUCCCUCUCAUUUCCUCAUCUCACAUUCUCUCUCUGAGACCCGCAGACAGUUCCUGUUACAGCCAUUGGAGACUCUCUCCGUGAACUCUCUUCCCCGGGGCUCUGCCUUUUUCUUUACGGAACUUCUCCUUCAAAUCCUUAAUUAGUCUACUCCACUUGUUUCUGAUCCUCCAUGGAAGCAAAUCGUGUGUAAGGAAGGCCAAAUGUUCACUGUAUAAUACCAUGCAAUAUUCUAUCUUUCACUCUCUGUCUGUUUGGUUGAUGAGAAACGGUUGGAAAAGGAAAGAAAACUAAUCCCAGCGCGCAAGACCAAGACCCUUUACUUCGGUUUAGCUUGGUUCAACAAUUUGGCGUUUGGCCUUAGUAGAGGGCCUGCAUUUUAGCAGUUUAUAACAAUCAUCCCAAGUUUGGCUUUUCACAGUGGACAUCUAAUUGGCUCAAGUUAUGGACCCCAAUCGACAAAAGUUUGUGAGGUUUAAAGAGUGGAGUUCAGAGAGAUCUUCGAGUUCCGAGCAGCAAUAUUCCAGCGAUGGACUAUAUCCAAGAAACACAAGAUUAACAGUUGGCAGAAUUUUGAAGGGUUUUUGGAGAGGGUUUGAGAGGGCUUUGAAGGGAAUUAGAAGUUCAAAACAAAAAUCAACGAGCACCCAUUCUGUAGGUGAACGGCCAAGAAAAGAGUCAGGUCCUAGGAAGACAAUUUUGGAUCCACAGGGUCAAUUUCUUCAAACGUGGAACAAAUUUUUUGUGCUCUCUUGUGUGGCAUCAGUGGCCCUAGACCCCUUCUUCUUUUACAUUCCAAUUAUGAAGAUUGAUGGGGAGAACUUGUGCUUCGGUUUGGACAAUAGAGUGGCGAUCUAUGCUUGCGUUUUUCGUACACUCAUAGAUGCCUUUUAUGCACUUCAUAUAAUCUUUCAAUUCUAUACUGGGUUUAUUGCCCCUUCUUCUCGAGUGUUUGGAAGGGGUGAGUUGAAUGUAGAUCCGAAGGCUAUAGCUAAAAGAUACUUGUUCUCCUACUUCAUCAUUGACAUUCUAUCAAUUCUUCCACUUCCACAGGUGCUAGUAUUUUCCAUCAUUCCCUAUAUGAAAACCAAGACCAACUGUCCAUCAGUCAUGAAGGAGAUGUUGAAGGCCACAGUCUUCUCCCAGUAUGUGCCAAGACUUAUGCGGAUCUAUCCACUAUAUAUAGAAGUAACAAGGACCUCUGGCAUACUGAUUGAGAUAGCAUGGGUUGGAGCUGCUUAUAAUCUUUUUCUCUACAUGCUAGCCAGUCACGUAGUUGGAGCAUUUUGGUACUUGUUUGCGAUAGAACGAGAGGAGCAUUGCUGGCACAAAAAGUGCAAGGAAAUAUUUGGAAAUGAUUGUCUGCGAAAGAAUUUCUACUGCGGACAUAACCGUACCUACGCCUCUAAUAAAAAUAUUUCUGAAGCUUGCCCUUUUAUCGACCCUGAUAAUAUUACAGAUCCAAAUGUCUUCAACUUUGGAAUAUUUAAUGAUGCUCUGAGCUCUAGAGUGGUGGAGUCCAGAGCUCAUUUUUCGACGAAAUUCUUUUACUGCUUUUGGUGGGGUCUGCGUAAUCUUAGUUCUCUUGGCCAAAACCUGAAAACAAGCACUUUUGUUGCGGAGAUAUUCUUUGCUAUUGCCAUAUCCAUCGCUGGGUUGGUUUUAUUUGCAUUUCUUAUCGGCAAUAUGCAGAAAUAUCUGCAAUCCACAACAGUGAGAGUAGAAGAAAUGAGAGUGAAAAGGACUGAUGCAGAACAAUGGAUGUCCCACCGUAUGCUCCCUAAGAACUUAAGGGAUCGGAUUAGACGAUAUGAACAGUACAAAUGGCAAGAAAACAGAGGUGUGGAGGAAGAGAAUCUUGUUCGUAACCUUCCUAAGGAUCUCAGGAGGGACAUAAAGCGCCAUCUCUGCUUGGGCCUUGUUAAGAGAGUGCCAAUGUUUGAAAAAAUGGAUGGACAACUGCUGGAUGCACUGUGUGAUCGUCUCAAGCCAGUACUUUACACAGAGAAAAGCUACAUCGUUCGCGAGGGGGAUCCCGUGGACGAGAUGCUCUUUGUCAUGCGAGGAAACCUAGCCACCAUGACUACUAACGGUGGACGAACUGGUUUCUUCAACAAUGCUUUCUUGAAUGCUGGCGACUUCUGUGGAGAAGAGCUUCUUACUUGGGCCUUGGAUCCCCACUCCUCUACCAAUCUCCCCAUCUCAACUAGAACAGUGGAAGCUCUAGUAGAGGUUGAAGCCUUCGCUCUAAUGGCCGAGGACUUGAAGUUUGUCGCCUCUCAGUUUCGGCGUCUUCAUAGCAAGCAGCUCCAGCACGCUUUCAGGUUCUACUCUCAACAAUGGAAGACGUGGGCGGCCUGUUUUAUCCAGGCAGCUUGGCACCGGUACUGUAGGAGAAAGCUUGAUAAGUCUCUUCGUGAAGCAGAAGAAAGACUGCAAGAUGCUUUGGCAAAUGAAGGUGGAACCUUGCAAACGGCACCAAGUCUUGGUGCAACUAUUUAUGCAUCAAGGUUUGCUGCCAAUGCACUUCAAGCCUUGCGACGAAAGGGCGCACCGAGCCCUAGAGUGCCACAAAGAUUGCUACCAUUGCUGCCUCAGAAGCCUGCUGAGCCCAAUUUCGCUGCUGAAGAUCUUUAAUUAAGAGUGCUGUUUCAAGUGAUUAUCAAGUGAGGCCUUUUUAUUUAUUUAUUUUCUCUGCAUUCAAGGCUCAUACGCAACAGGUUUUUGUAUAUAUAUAUAUGUAUAGCAUGUGUAACCCAGAACUGUGGUGGCCGAAGAUUUUAACAUAAACCAAAAAAAAAAUAAAAAUAAAAAUAAAAAUAGGCCUCUUUCAAAAGGAUUUAUUAUUUUA